AUGUCCAGUGCAGAGGGCUGGAACGACGUGAGCUUCCACGGGUCUCGCCAGAUCCCGACGCCCAACCUCGACGCCCUUGCGGCCACCGGCGUCAUACUGCAGCGCCACUACUCGGCCUCCACGUGCACACCCUCGCGGACGGCCCUGCUGGCGUCCGUGUAUCCGGCUCGCACGAGCGUGGGGUACCAGGAGCUUCCUCCCGCCUCGGAGCAGUCCCUUUCGCUGCGCUUUCAUCUUUUGCCGCAGUGGUUGAAAAGGCUGGGGUACAGCACGCACAUCGUGGGCAAGUGGCACUUGGGUUACUCGGCCGUCGAGUACACGCCAACCUGGCGUGGCUUCGACACCUUCUUUGGCUACUACAACGGCGCCGCCUACUAUUUCAACCACAGCCUGAACUGGGAUGGUUCAUCCUUGCACCUAGCUCAGCAGUUCCGAGAGUCAUUUCUAAAACGCCGACCUCCUGCGCAGCAAGGACACUGCGGUCUAGACGUUUGGCACAACGAGGGCCACAGAACUAGACCUGUCACCAACCUCGACGGUGUCUACUCCACGGACGCGUUCACUGAGGAGGCCAAGCGGAUUAUUCGGAAGCACGACGCACGAAAGGUGAAGUCAGAACCGCUCUUCUUGUACAUGAGCUACCAAGGCGUCCACAGCACCUGCGAUGGCUGCACCGUGGAGGCACCCCGUCGAAACGUGCGCAAGUUCUCCUACAUUACAGCGAGGAACCGCACUUUGCUAGCCGGAGCCGUGGACGCGUUGGACAAGUCCGUGGGACGUCUGCUGGAGGCGCUGCAGUCACGUGACAUGCUCGCCCAUAGCGUGGUGGUGUUCGCCAGCGACAACGGCGCGGCACCGCUGGCCACGGCCUAUCACGAGCUACCUAACGCGGGCAACAACUGGCCUCUGAGAGGGGGCAAGGAGGACGCGUGGGAAGGCGGGGUCAGGACGCCGGCGCUGUUCUGGUCCGCUAGCCUCCGAGACACUCAACAGCGGCCGCCCUCUCAGCAGAUGCUGCACAUGGUCGACUGGGCGCCCACUCUUUACGCAGCCGCAGGUGGUGACGUUUCGGACCUUGGCGACGUAGACGGCAGGAACUUAUGGAAGGCGCUGACGACUGGACAGGGCGAAGGCCGCGACGAAGUGCUCCUGGAGUUGGAAGGCGAGCAGCGGACGUCGGCUCUCAUCUCUGGCAGGUACAAGCUAGUGGAGCGUCUGAGCGGACCCGAAGACGAAGCACACGACUGCCGUGUGGCACCACCACGGGGAGAGCCUCCCGACGACCUUGACCUGGACGACCUCAUGAGGUCCUCCGACGCCUGGAAAGCCUUGCAGGGCGCCCUCGGGGGCCCGAACAGCAGUUCGACCCCGACGUCACCGCGAGCGAACUGGCGCAUGGAGGCGACCGUUCACUGUGGCGGCAACGACGGAUCGGCCAACACUGCGAGCAACUUCGAUCCCCACGACAGCCUGUUCGUGUUCGAUGUCGUCAGCGACCCGUGCGAAACGAAGAACCUGGCUACGUCCGAACCCGAGAUACGAGAGGAAUUGCUGAGAAAGCUAGCUGCGUACCGGGAAGCCCUGUCGCCCAACUCCAGCACCAUCAAGUCCAGUGAGCGGGGAUACCCAGAGCACCACGGGUGCCUUUGGGCGCCAUGGGUGGGAGUUGCGCUAGCUCAGUACAACAACUGCUCCUGCUGAGAGGGACAACCACCGACUGUGCGUUGUGCAUGGAGACAUACCUUGCGAAGCGAAGAAGAUCGGUGUAUAAUAUAUAAGUUGAGCGGCACAGUUUUUGUGUGGUUCGAGUAGGCCUCAAGGUUGACGGAUGCUCUCUACAGACCUUGUGUCCAUCCCGCUUGGGCAAGAGCUUUCAUCGCUUUCAGAGUUAGAACCGAGAAAGAUAAGCUAAAAUAAUUUUAUAAAACAUGAAGCUACAGGUGCAGGCGGCAGCAUAUGGCAGGCGUGUAAU